AUGCCGCACAGAGGACGUAGAAAAGUUAGGAGAGGGAGAGGACGACCUCCCAUUAGGAGAGGGGGAAGAGGAGAAGCCGAUAGAAGCUCUUCCCAAGAGGGGUCGACUACCGGACCAUAUGCGUUUAUACCACCUCCUGAAUAUGCACCUCCCCCACAAACUAUACCACCACCUGAAAAUGCACCUCCCCCACAAACUGUACCACCACCUGAAAACGCACCUCCCCCACAAACUACACCACAGGCUGGGUUGGACCCCGCCACAAGGUUUGCACCGUCAUUAGCUGACACUGAAGAGAAACAGACAGAAAAAUUUGUGUUGGGAUUGAACCCGAAAACCCGCCGCAUGUUGGAGGCAUUUAACCCAAAAACCAAUGAAGAGGCUCUAAGGACGGCCAAGGCCCUAGAGGAACCCCCGGAGGAGAAAAAAAUGGAGCCAACGGUUGUCACAGGGAGGAAACGCCCUAUCGAGGUCGAAACCACAAAGUUGCAACCACCGCUCCAGGACCUCGAUAUUAGAGUAGGCUACUUGCUCCACCCCCAAUAG